AAACAAAAAAAAAAACCAGAGAGAAGAGACAAUAUAGGACCAAAAACCCCAUCGUCAUGGAGCGCCAAGUUUUUCCGCUUCAUAUCAUGUCGACCCAUCCUAGCCCGCACUCUCGCACAUCCAGCUCACCAUUAGGUUUCUUUUCCUUCCGGGGGGUUACUGCUUAAAAUAUUCCUGUGUUGUUAGUGUUUUGACUCUUCUAAGCUUUCCCUUUCUCUUCUUACUUUUUAAUUCUUUGUGUGUGUGUCUACAUCCCAUUCUUGCUAUCAAUAACAUUACAUACAAUAUUAUAUAAUGCAUAUAGGACGGUCUCACUCCUCGACAAGCACUGACGGCCGAGAUACUAUUAUCGUCUCUUCCUCGACGCAAAACGUUGAAAACGAUGAAAAGAUUCAGCGACUGCAUUUUAAAGAAAAUCAAGCUCCAAUUGACGAAAAAGACUCUUCAACCUCUUAUUUUUCAGCAACAUCGUCCACUCGAACUCACCCAUUGGCGUGGAUCGGAUUGUUCUUUCUCGUCGUCUUACGGUCUUCGGUCUCGAUCUUUCAAAACACCUUUAGUCCUAUCCCGAAUAUAGUGGCCGAUUACUUGAAUGUCAGUUUGACAGAAGUCAAUUGGCUGUUUAACAUCCAGGCCGUUGUUUAUAUAGUGUUAAGUUUUAUUACCGGCUGGAUGUUUGAGCGACUCGGGACGAAAAGAUCGGUAAGUAUACUUGCAAAAGCGAAAAAGUGAAUUAAAGAAGAAAGUUUCUGCCCUUAUAAUUGUCAUUUUGAUAUAUAACUUUGAUAUUUUUAACAAAAGUACAUUGUCUAUUCAUAAA